AUCAUAUUUCCUGAACGAAUAUUUUCUUAGUUUCAUAAAGUUGUGAUAACUUUUUCAUGCUAUUUUAGUCUUUUAAGAUAACAAACAUAUUUUAAUAUUACCAGCAUGUAUGCUGCCGUUGAAAAUAAUGCAGGCAAUGUCCCUGCAUUUUUAAUUAAACUUUGGACACUUGUUGAGGACCCUACAACUGAUGAAUUAAUUCACUGGGACUCGGUGAGAACGUUAAGUACGGUUAAGAUAGGCUACAUAAUAAACAAGUUUUCCCAAAAUUUAUCGUCAGGGGUGGCUUUGUCCCUCUACUGAUGGUGGAUAUACGUGCUAAAUAAGUAUUCGAUCUUUAUAAUUAUAAAUAUUCCAUGUUUUGGGGGUCAGACCAGGCUAUAUUUACAAAAAUAAUAGGCGUAAAAGUAGGCUCAUUUAGUUUAGCAUUCCCAGAAGAACUCUGAUGCCAAAGCCAAAAAUAAAACCCAAAAGACCAAUGAUUAAAUUUAGUUUAUGAUUUAUCUAUUAUAAAAUAUGAGGACAAAACUAUAAGCCUGAUAUAAAUAUGCUAUAUAUAAACUCUAUUCCUAAUAUAACAUAUUAUUAACAUCAUUGAUAAUGAUACAUCAGUGUUGAGUGUUAAAUUUAACUAAAUAAUGGUUCAACUAGUUAACUAGUAUUCAAGAGUUAUCUCCUUCCCAUAUUUUUCUAAACCUUAACUUGAUGUAAAACACAGAUAGAUCAUAACUUUUUUGUUAACAUUUAGUUUACACUCCCAACUCAGAAAAAUUAGGCCCAUUUAGAAUUAGAUUUUUAAAAUUUAAUGAGGUUCAUUUGGUUAUUAAAUAUUAAGAGGAAUAAGCAGAUAUUUUAAUAUUUUCAUUGUGUGUCUUUACUCUUAGUUUUGUUAAUUUGUCUAUCAAUGUCAUUCAAUAUCAUGUAUAGAGAAUUGUCGGUUAAGACUCUUCCAAAAACAAAUCCUUAACUGUCACCAUAAUUUAAACUUUCAUUCAAAAUGAGGGAUGCAAUAGUAUUUUAGAACAUUUUUUAAAAAGCUAUAUGACUAUAUGCAGUGUUAAUUAUGCAUUAAAACUAUUAAAGUGUAAAACACAUUUAUAAUGUCAGUGAAUCAACCCCUGACCUAUGCAUCACAACACAAAUUAUACUAUUUGUUUGAGAUUAUAAAAUUUAUAUUGUUAUUAAGAAUCAUAAUGUUUGUAAAUUACUUUAUUUAAAAAAAAAAAAAAACAGUGAUGGGACAGAGGAAAAUUAAUAAACAAUUAUUUCAAAUUUUUCAACACAAUCAACUAUGUAUAAUUAGUUUAUAUUUUAUAUUUUCCAUAAAAGAUCAUGAAAUGAUUUCUAUUACCCUCACUUUCAAUGAAGAAAUUUGACAUUGUGCUCACUGAAACAAUGUAUAGAUCGUAAUCCAUCCAAAAACAAUGUAUAUGUUAUAAUCAAGCCAGAGUUGUCAUCCUUUUUUGUCUUCCCCUACAGCUGCUCAGUUGUAUGGUCACAUAAACAAGAUUUUAACAGCAUAUCCUACACUGAUCAGUGUCUAUCACUUCUAAUUGAUUCUAUGCUCUUGUAUCAUUUUGCUGUACUCAAUUUUUAUAAGCUUGGGUGGGUAAUAAGUUUUUCAAGAAGAUUUUUUUGUGUUAUUGCUGCUACUAACUGGCUUAAUCAAUUUCUUUUUACAAUGAAAAGGUGCAAGUUAUACCAGCUUUAUAAAUCCACUGACAUCAAAAUUAUUAAAUCAAUACAUUUGCAAACUUUUGUUAAAUUAAACAUUAUAUUUUAUUUUAGAGCGGUACAAGUUUUCAUGUGUACGAUCAGCAGAGAUUCUCUAGGGAAAUACUUCCUCUCUACUUCAAACACAACAAUAUUGCAAGUUUUAUUCGGCAGCUUAACAUGUGUAAGUAUUUAUAACUUCAAGGAAUGCAAUGGCAGUAUCAUUUUAUUUUCUGUUUUGAAAUGAGGUAACUUGUUAUUGUAUUUAUCGUUAAUAUUUUCUUCACCUUACAGUUGAUGAAUUUUUAGUUAAAACACAAUUCGAUACUUUAAAAUAUAUUUUUCUAUCAUUUGUUUAUCAGUCAAUUAUUGCGAAUUACAUUGCAGAUGGAUUCAGAAAAGUCACUCACAUAGAUCAAGGUGGCCUGAAAAUUGAAAAGGAUGAUUUACAAUUUCAGCAUCAGUUUUUUCAGCGGGGUGAGCAGGACAUGCUGCAGUUUAUCAAACGGAAGGUUAGUUCAGUUGUUUUAAUAAUAAAUAAAGUGUGGCUCAUGGAGUCCAAAAAUGACAUUGCAUUGAUUGUUAAUUUAUUUUAUAUGGCUUGUGUUGCUUUGAUGCAUUUGGUUUUUGUUUUAUUUUGUCAUUGAUUGAUUUAAUAAGUAAGAUGUUUUCCAUCAUAAAUAAUCAGUGCAUUUUUUAAUAUUUAUGAUGGAUGAUAUUUUCUUAAAUCUUUUAUGAUUAAUUUAAUUUUAUUUACUUUAAGGCUUUACUGAGAUAAUUUUGAGUCAAUGUUUUGGUGCCUUAGGAAAAUAAAUAACUUUCACAAUACUUAAAAUUUAAAUCCCCCACAAGAUGCUGAUUUUUCGUGUUAAAACAUGACCUUUUGUUCUAGGUGUCAAACCAAGCUGUCCGCACAACAGAUCACUUGGCCCCAUCGAAAACAGAUGAAGUGUCCCGGGUGUUGUCUGACAUGAAGCAAGUCAAGACCAAGCAAGAUUCGAUGGAUCAAAAUCUGGAGUAUAUCAAAAGGUUUCUGUGAUCAUCUUUGCUGUGGCAGAAUGUAAACUGAUUUGUGUUUUAAACAUUUUUAUUCGAGUCAAGGUAUAAUCUAAAAAAAAAAGAAUAAUUUAUCACUUGGGGCUUUCUCUAAACUCUGUAGUGUGCAUUUAAGUUACAGCAUAUAAAUUAAGAGUCAAAAAGCUUCUUUUAAAAACCAUAUCGCUUCAGUUACUUGUGUCCCAUCAUUAGGCCUGACAUGCUGCAGAUCAGGACAGACUUUUGGGUUACCGGAAAUUUGUUUGAAAGAAAUUUGGUAGAUGGCAAAUAUAUUUACGAAUGUUGUUUUUUUUUUAAUGGAACUUAGGUUGGACAGAAAUUUUUGUUCAAGUUUAUUUUUAGUGUCGUUUUAGAGGUGGAGUUAGAAAUGGUGAGAUUUGUGCCAACAGAAGCUUUUUGGUAUGGAAUUUGGCUCGAAUUUUUUUUUUUUUUUUAAACGUUAAGUCUAAAAGUUGCAAGUGAGAAUCAGGGAAAUUUGUUCAAACAGAAUUUAGUUUAGCUGAGUUUUGUUUUAACUUGCAAAAUAGAAAUACACCCACUAAAAUUUUGAUUUAUUUCAAUAAGUUUUGGUACCAUUUCGAUUUUUUUUACUUUAUAGAAUGUCAGAUAAUCUCAUUUGUCAUGUGGGACCAAACUGAUCUCUAACAAAAAAAGCUAUUUUCUAAGGUAAUAAGUGGUAUAAACUUGACGUUUACGCCGUGUUUGGUAUAUAGGAGGUACUUAAAAUGGCCUCCUUGUCUGAAAUAACCUUAGAUAAAAGCACACAAAAUAAAUAAAAACUAGUACAGAAGUUGAUUGCUUGAUGAUACAUUUAUUGGAAUUGCAAAAACUUCAAAAAAACUUUCGUGCCCAUGUUGAUUUUAACUGGCAAAAGUGUUUUAACUAAACAAAGUGAAGAAAAAUAAUCAUGCAUCUGAUAGUACCAAAAAUGAAGUGAAUAAAAUAUGAACAGGAUUAAAAGUCAUGCUGUAAAUACAUGUGACUAUCCUCAUUAUUUUUUGUCUAAUGAUUCGUUGAAUUAUUUAAACCCGGCAACAGGUCUACUCUCUUCAGGUAAAACUACAGUUUAACAUUUUUAUUUAAAAAUCAAGCAAAUAUCCGGUAGAAAAACUUUUCUUAUCCGACUUGCACCUUUAGUAACUUAGCAAAGCAACAAAAUAACAAACAAAAAAUUUCUUUUCGACCAAAUUUCCAUCAAUCAAUUUUCCAUCGCCCAAAUUUAGUUCAAAUAAAUUUCCUGACACAAAAUGUUUAUUAUGGCCAUUCUGUUAUUUUAAUUGUUUGAAACAGUAUAAUCUAUAAUAAAAUGUUAAAUGGCUGAAAUCGACUUACUUAUUGACUGCAUCAUAUAUUACAGAGAAAACAAGCUUCUCUGGAGGGAGGUCGCCAUGUUGAGACAAAAACACCACAAGCAGCAACAAAUAGUCAACAAGGUCGGUGGCUUUUUAGCAACAGCUCUAUAUAUGGACCUUUCCUAAUAUUCGGGAAUCAUGGACAGUUACUAUAUUUUGUGCUCAGAAAUUCAGCCCUAUUGUCUAUUAGGCAUUAUUCAAACAAAGGAAUAACCAAUUCAUGGCCUCUGAGAUUCUGUGACAUAGUUCUCUUGACAGUUGUAUAUGAAAUAAAUUUAAAUAUAAUUUUGUAUUUUAAGUUCUCUUUUCUUCAAUGAAUUUUUUUAAGGUUUUUGCUUUGAAAAUAAAAAAAAUUAUUCAACCAUUAUGCACGUCUUUUAAUUUUAGUCCAAUGUUUUAAUUCAUUAAUUUAAAAAUUUAAUUAAUGGAAUUUUUUUUAAAUUCCAACUACCAAAAUUGUUUCCUUAAUCUUUGAGUUAAUUUUAAGAACCUAGUGUUCUAGUUUAAGAACAUGUUCUAUUUAACUGAAUCAAUUUUGUUGCCUUUAUAUUUUUUGUUCUGGCUAGUUUUCUUUAAAUUGGUUCAUUUGAAUUAUGCCAUCCUUCUCCAGCUCAUUCAGUUCCUAGUGUCCCUUGUCAGUAACCGCACAGGUCUGACCAUUCCAACGAUACGGCGUGUUCCUCUUGCCAUUAAUGAUGUCAGCCAGCUUGCCAAGCAGAGCACUGCUAAUUCCCACCAGUCAUUUUUGGGUAAUGAGGAUGCUGUUCCCAAAAAUGAUAUGAUGGGUUUUAACGUAAGUUACAGUAGUGUUGUCGAGUAGGAUUAUUAAAAGAAAAUUAUUCAUAAAAAUAUAAAAAUUAUAGUCUUUUAUAAAAUUUAACUUAAAAAUCUGUCCUCCAUAUAUUAUUGCCAUAGCCAUACUCUGGCACACUAAGCUGUCAUCCUUAUAUUAUUACGGUAGCACUUAUGGCUUUUCUAUUUUGCUGAUCGGCCUCAUAAUGUUAUUGGAAUUAUAUCUGACUAGUUUUGUAUGUUAUAAAAUAAAUAAAUCAGUGAACAUUUUAAGAAACUGUUCCAACUACUCAUUUAUUCCUAAUGGAUUCAUUAACAUGCACAGAAAAAAAAACUGGUUGUCAAAUUAUUUAUUUAUAACUUAGCCUUGGGCACUCAUUACUCAAAGCUAGCUCAUUUGUUUGUACAUAUAAACCUGUGUAAGCAUCCAGAUAAUUACAUAAAACAGCAAGUGUUUGAUAAUGCUCUGGAUUUAUCCUAGUAGCUGUAAGACAGUGGAUCUCAACCUUCCUAAUGCCACGACCCCUGUAAAACAGUUCCUCAUGUUGUGGGGCUACUUUAUAAAUGUGUGUUUUUCCGAUGGUCGUCUGCAACCCCUGUGUAAGGGUUGUUCGAACCCCAAAGGGGUCGGGACCCACAGAUUGAGAACCCCUGCUGUAAGAUAAAUGUUUUUUUUUUGUUUUGUUUUUUUACUAAUAGGAACUUUACUUGUUUCACAGUUGAUUGGCAAGUUACUAUUUUAACAUGUUAUUUUUAUAUCACUAGAAAGUAUUGUUAUUUCAACAAUGUCUAAUUUGUAACAGAAUUCCCACAUAGAGUUAUCUUCACCAACUCAUAGUGUUGAUAUUACAGAUGAGCCUUUUACAGAUGAGCAAUACACCAUUGAAUCUGUGAGUAUAUACUUGCAAAAAGAUAUCAUGAUUGAUUAUGGUGGUCAUGUUCAACUGCAACUGACCAACUAUAUAUAGAAAGAGAAUAUUUAUAUGUAUAAUAUGUGUAAUGUUUAUGUUUAUAUGUAUGUAUAUACAUAUAUAUUUAUCAAUCACUCAAAGUUAUAUUUGCAAUGUCAUAGAGAGAGGAUAAUAAUAGAAAUGCGCUGCUUGUUUUUAUUGUUAAUUAUAUACAACAAUUUUUGUAACCGCUUUAGAAAAGCAAGUUUUUAAUUUUUGUUAUUUAAUUUUAAAAAUGUUUUACCAUGUUUUUUUUAACGUAUCAAAACAGGGUAAUAUUUGCAAAUUUUGCUAUGCAUACAUUAAACUGUAUUAUGUGAACGUAUCGCAGCUUAAUGAUUUCUGGAAUCUAUGGAUAAAGGAAGGGUUUAUUUUUUAAUAUCCUCUCUAUUAUGAUUUAUGGGGACUAAACAAAAUUAUAUUAAAUAUUUGUUGACCUAUUUCAGCCAAAAAUUGGAGAUUUUCUCUUACCACCAACGCCCAACAACAGUGGCCCCAUAAUUCAUGAGCUCACGGAAAACGCCCAGACCAUCCUGGUACCAGCGACUCAAUUAACUGUGGUAAACAUGCUUUCAUAGAAAUGUUUAGCUGAAAAUGGGAAAUAACUCCUACACAGAGUCUUAGGGUUUGAUUUCCAAAAUGCCUAUUGUCUGUUCCAGUCUGUCAAUCUGUGAACUGUGUUUCUGUCUAUCAGUGUGUGAACUAUCAGUUUUUAUCAUUUUGAAAAAACUUUUCUACCAUUCAAAUUUGACUUUUUAAAUCAAAACUUUUUGACGAUGGUUACCAAACUUUUGCGACUCUCAGCCCUCUUGCUGAAUCUGGGUUUUUUCUCGGCUCUCCAUGUCAAAUAGUAGCCAGUACACUAUAAAAAAAAUGCAAAUGAUAUUAUAAAAAUCAAACACUUUGACUAGACAAAACUAUUUAUACCUUGACACAAAGUACACGGUAAAAGUGCAAGAAACCAAUAAUUUAAUUAUUGUUAAGCACCUUUUAGUUACCAUUUGCAAAACAUUUACUGCUGAGUUACUGCUUUGCACAAAGACCUAUCACGGUGAAUUCAAAAUGAAAUUAAAAUACAGGUAAUCAAAAUUGAGUAAUUUGUCGCUGCAUCCCUGUGAGAUAGCCACUCACCCCAUUGUGCCACGAUGCACACUUUGGGAACCACUGCUUAAGUGUAUUCCUUAUUUACCCAGCUCAUUUCUCUUGACAUUUGAGAGUAGAAUAAGAAAAAUUCAAAGUCUCUGUAAAAUAUUCUAUUUAUUAUAUUCUAAUAAAAUAUUCUAAAAUAUAUUUUUUGUAAUAUCUUUCUUUGGUAGCCAUUUGAAGUUGAAAUGUCUUAUCUUAAAGUAAAGAAAAUUAAAGGUGAGCUAAUGAUUUUUUUGUAUAUUUUUAAAGGUGAACCCUGAAGUGAAAGUCUCAGAUGAUGAUCUGCUUACAUCAAUUUUAAAGUCCGAACCAGUUAGUACAAUUUUAUCUUCUAUUUAAGUUAAGUGUUGAAAUAAAUAGUCUCUAGAUUAAAUUGAAAUAGAUAGGCUCUGGAUCAAAUUGAUAUAGCCUCUGGAUCAAAUUGAAAUAUAGUCCUGGAUCAAAUUGAAAUAGUUUCUUGAUCAAAUUUAAAUAGUGUCUGGAUCAAGCUCUCUUCAACUGUUUACAGGAGUAAAUAUUUGGUUCCAUCCUGUUGCAGAACAGAUUGAGGGGGAAAGGCGCCACACCUUACUUGUCAUAUACCAGUAAAAUAUAUGUGAUUAGUGGCAGAUGCAUUGCCGCUCCCUUCCUACCUAGGUGAUAUGAUGUAUAAUAUCUAAAUGUUGAGGCAAAAAAAAAAGGCACGCACUGUAAAAAGUGCACACAGCCCUUCAACUAAGUUAGAAAAAGAAAAAAAUGUUUAUUUAACCUCUGUCAAUGUCUCUUACUGGGUCUUUCUAUUACUCUGUCAUCUUCAACUCCACUAAAUUGACUUUAGCUGCCUUGUACACAUUACUUUCUCUUAUACCAGCCAGGCUUUUCUCUGAGCCUCCUGCUACCCCAGCAGAGAAUGCUUAAUGAGCUUGAUGUACACUCACCAGCCUGGCUGCUUGUUUGGCUGGAAACUGAAGAACUUGCCUUGUAUACCACAGUUUAAUGAUCUUCAACCAUUUUGCCAUUGUGUAUUCCAGGAAACACCUCCUCCUGCUCCUCCUGUGGUGCAGAGGAACAUCUCGGUGCUGGCGCAGCCUCCCAUCAUACCUAAAGUCACAGCAACUUUGCCAGAUCCUCUGAAUUUUUUAAUGUCUCCAAAAAUAGAGGCUGCUCCUUCUUUAGAAGAUGCCCUGAACUAUGGCCUCAAUGUUCCGUCUAGUUCCGGCAGCUCCGUCUCCACAGCACCUCAGUCAGCCACAGGUUCACAGAAGGUAAGGAAUUGAUAUCUGUUUUGAGAAAGCCCCGAAAGUGUUAUGUAAACUAACUAGCAAAAUGUUAAUAUGGAUAGGGGUGGUCAAGUGGUCUGAACUGAGUCAAUCCCAAGCUUGUGGUCUGAACUGAGUCAAUCCCAAGCUUGUGGUCUGAACUGAGUCAAUCCCAAGCUUGUGGUCUGAACUGAGUCAAUCCCAAGCUUGUUGUCUGAACUGAGUCAAUCCCAAGCUUGGGGUCUGAACUGAGUCAAUCCCAAGCUUGUGGUCUGAACUGAGUCAAUCCCAAGCUUGUGGUCUGGAGUUCAAUCCCCACCAAAGACCUAGACAUGCAAAAACAUCACCAGUGAUUUGCUGUCUAGGAAACCAGCUUAUAGGCCUAUAGAAAAAAUCACAGUCCUGUGACUUUUGUGAUUUAGUUCUGCCAAGUCCGCACCAUUGUCACAAUGUGACGGACCGACGCCAUUAAAAAAAAAUGAUUGUAAGACAUUUAAGUGUCAUGAGUCUUAAGUUGAAAAUGUUUAUUUCGAUUACUAACAAAUCUUAGUGAAUAUAUGUGUGUGUAUAUAUAUAUAUAGGUCUGAUUCCACUUUGUUGCAGCGCAAGAGAAAAAUAGUUACACUGCCACCAACCAACAUCAAGAAACUCAACAGUCAGGCCCCAGAUCCAAUCGGCACAAAAAGGGAAAUGUCUAAUGCUCAAGCGACCACCUUGAAAAAUCUGGUCAUGGCCAACUCUGACCUGAACUCUUCAGCCCCUGACGGUGUGGCGGCAACAUGUUCUGACGCCAGCCUGGCUGUGACUGCGCCCAAGGAUACAGAUGAUUUUACUCUCAGGUGCCAGAUAUUUUAAACAUUUAUGGGUGAAAUAGUUUUUGACUGUUACAGAAACAGUGAGUUGUAGUAGUGCUUCAAAAUUAUGCGAUUCAUAUGUCCUGAGUGAAUACAAUCUUAACAUCUUUAGCAUAAAUUUACUACUAACCUGAAGAACUAAAUGAAGCUAUCAUUUCAAAUUUAACAAAUAAAAAAAAAAAAUUUCAAUGAUGCCAAACAAUAUUUUUUCCCCAAAGUUUUUACAAAAUUUUUUAAAGUGUUUCUCAUAAUCAUUUGAAUAGACAUAGUGUUUGCUUUUGAACGACUUAUUGUAAGAUGUGUAAGAAAGUGAAUCUGUAGUGUCUCAAUAAUACAAGAAGGCUAAACAUUUAUGUUUUGAUGAAUUUUUUCGAAAUAUGGUCAAACCUAGCAUUCAGUGAGCUGUUUUAUUUAAGAAAGAUGAAUAAUGGCUCAGAAGAUGAAUACUGGCUCAGAAAGACCAUAUUAAAACAGAAGUUUUCAUCCAUUGUUUAUUGAUGCCAUUGUAUCUUCCCAGUUCUGAUCAGCUGGACUUAUUGUCUUCCGACCUUGAUGGACUAAAAGGCAUACUUCAAGAUCAAUACAAGGUGGACCCUUCCUUCCUCAUGGAGGUAAGAUAUUGCUUUAUUUUAAAAUUUUGGUUAUUUCGGUGCACAUGAUGAGGAAAACCCAAAGUAUUCUGAUACAUUUAUCCCAUGGGUUAAAAUUAGUGGGAUUUGAAUAUACCAUCCCUUCAUGCUUGGGCUGUGUCUUAUUCAUUUUCCAUCCUAAUGAGAGAAGAUUCUUUAUUAAUCCAAAUAAAUGGAAAUCUUUUUUAUUUUAUUGUUCGUAUUCAUUUUCAGCACAUAAAUAAAUACAUAUUUAAACCAAGACAACAUUUUAUAGUUAUAACAAUUUAAUCACAAGAAAUCUAAAGUAUUUCUCUAGUGAGAAAUCAGCCGUAAAUGAACUCCUUUAGUGACAAUAAUAACUUAACUAGUGAUCAUUUCGAUUUGGUAUUAUAUAAUAUGAGGCUAUCUCUGAGGAUAUUAAUUUGUUUUCUAUUAAAAUGCCUUAUACUUAUUUCAGCUCUUUGAUUCCUCCAAUCCAUGGCCCCUCUCUACAGACAAGGUAAUCUUUAAUUAUGGUGAUAAAAUCAUAAAAUUGGCAUAGUUUUCUGAAUUGGAAUGUGAAAGCUGAUAAUGUUUGAAAGGAAACUACUAUUUUAAGUAAUUUUGAAGAAAAAAAAUCUUGAUUAAAAUUGAGUGAAAAUUAACAUUACAGUAGUGCUAAGAUUGUCCAACACCUGCCACAGCUGUGUAAAGCAUAAAAGGGAAAAUAUCCCAGUUACUCCCCCACCCCCCCCCCCCCCUCUCUCUUUCCCAGAGCUUGUGUCCAGAGGACUUUGAAGAAGAUAUUUUUAAAGGAAUUUGAAAAAUUAUACACCUUUGAAAAUCCUGAACAAGAGGUGGCUGACAAUGGAAUUCAAUUGUUUUUCAGUGGCCUACACAGCAGUGUAAAAAUAAUACCAAAAACAAGUGAAGAGUUCCAUCAUAAAUCGGUUGAAUGCAAUCUAUUAUCAACUCAUCAUUUUUCUAUUAUUUAUGUAUUUUUGCCGCCUUUUAUUGCUAGCCUCAACAUAUAAUGGUAGUAUUUUUUUCUGCCAGGAUUUUGAUGAUCUUCGAACCGACAAUGAGAGAGAUGAAGCCGGUACUUCUGGCCAUGGCAACAUCACAGGUAGAACCAUCUUUAUGAUUCCACAGCAUAAAAAAAAUUUCUUCUUUGUCACUUUCUCUUAAAUAACAGGGUAUUGUUCCCUUCUUGGUUUUUUUUCUCUCAAAGCAAAUGCACCAUUGUUGCUCUAUUAUAAUUAAACUACCAAUGUGUACAAAACUAAAAUUUAAACAGAUUCCAGCAUAAACUACGCGCCAGGAACCCAGCAAAUCUUACAAGUUCAGUAAGGCAAACUGGGACAAGAUCAAACUAGAUCUCGCCGCCGCUGAACAGAUCAUCCUAAAAAAAUAUAACGAGGGAGAGGAUGUAGAUACAGUUAUGGUCGACCUUCAAAAAUACCUUAACCAACAGCAUAGAUCAAAAUAUCCCAUCAGUUACAGCAAAGAAUCCAUGUCAUCUACCAUGGCUAAACGCACGGCUCAAGAAGCUGCUGAAGAGAAAGAAAAGACUGUUGAAGAAAGCCCAAACUACCAACAACUGGACCCUGUACCGCCAGGUCCAGAAACAUUGUCGUAGGGAACUAAGAAGAGAAGAGUGGCAGUACAUAAAUGGAGUCAAUAAGGCCUCCAAGAAGGCCUCGAAAACAACAACACAAAACCCUUCUGGCGCUACAUUAAAUCCAGGAAGCAAGACAACAUAGGCGUAGCCCCCCUACUAGAAAACGGGCAACUUGUAAGUGAUGGCCAAUGCAAAGCAGCAAUUCUGCUAAAACAGUUUCAAUCCGUCUUCACCAAGAUCUCCACCACAGUCAUACCAUCCCUAAAAACCUUCAACUGGUACAAUAGGUCCCCUCAACAUUACUGAAACCGGAGUAGCAAAACUUCUCAAAAACCUGAAACCCAAUAAAGCGCUCGGACCUGACUGUAUCCCGAACAUUGUCCUGAAGACCCUGGCUGACAACAUCGCCCCAACCAUGACCCACAUUUCCAAAAGUCGCUUGACUCCGGCAAACUCCCUCUAGACUGGCUUGAUGCAAACAUCACUAGUGCCUACAAGAAAGGUGACCGUCAUAACCCAGCAAACUACCGCCCAAUAUCCCUGACCUCCGUUUCAUGCAAAAUCCUGGAACACAGCAUCUAUCGCCACAUCAUGAGCCACCUUGAACACUACAACAUUUUGACCAACCUAAAUCACGUUUUCUGCUCCGGAUUCUCAACGGAAACUCAGUUACUCAUCACCACCAAUGACCUCCUAGCCUCCUAUGACAAAGGCACCCAGGUUGACAUGGCAAUUCUCGACUUCUCCAAGGCUUUCGACACAGUUCCACACAGCCUUCUUCUACAUAAGCUCCACCACUAUGACAUUACCCGCAACCUUCACUCCUGGCUCUCAACAUUCCUAACACAACGUACCUUGCAAGUAGUGGUAGAUGGCGUCAAAUCAAGGAAAGCCACCGUAGACUCAGGAGUUCCACAAGGCACACUGCUGGGCCCCCUUCUCUUUCUCUGUCACAUAAACGACCUACCUGAUACAGUAAAUUCUAUAGUGCGGCUGUUCGCUGACCCUGUUUGCGGUCUUAUCUACAGAGAGAUAAACAGCAACAAUGACCACAACCACCUCCAAACAGAUUUGAAGUGCCUUUUGAAUUGGGCGGACAAAUGGGGCAUGAAAUUUAAUGAAACCAAAUGCUACACUAUGACCAUCUCAAGAAAAAAAACAUCAACUCAUAUUUACUCAGUAAACGAGACAAUCCUCCAACAAGUCAACAGGUAUCCAAUAGUCCAUACCUUGGAAUUAUCUUCUCAAAUAACCUAAAAUGGUCACCCCAUGUAAACAAAAUUUCAAAAAAAGCCAACUCCACCCUAGGUUUCAUCCGAAGAAAUCUGCGCCACUGCCCAACUACCUGCAAACGGAAUGCCUAUCUCGCACUCGUCCGUCCACUACUGGAAUAUGGUGCGAUCAUCUGGGACCCACACCUUAAGCAAGACGUGGACACGACAGAGCGAAUUCAACGUAACGCUGUGCGUUUAUGGCUUGCGACAACAAAUCCACCACUCCUGGCUUCGUCACUGGCCUCUUAAAAAGAUUUGACAUCCCUCCCCUUAAAGACAGAUGAGAGGGACUCCGCCUGACAUUCUUAUAUAAAGUGAUCAUGGGAUGUACAGCAGGCAUGUACACCACCCCACAGAAGCCAAGUAGACUGAUAAGAGCAAAACGCUCACUGAACACGGACUUCAGCACUGACAUUCCCAUAAACAAUUACACCAGAAACAAUAGCAAAUGCUUCAAAGUGCCUCAGUGCAACACAGUGCUGUAUCAACAAUCUUUCUUCCCAUGCACAAUAAUAACAUGGAACAACCUGAACGAUGCCACUGUGAACUCGACAUCAGUCGAAAGCUUCAAGGCUGCCCUGGCAUCAGCUAGGAGCUGUUAGAAUAGCAACAUCAUACCCCCAACCGUUGCAAAGAUGCCAGUACAUGGAUGCGGCAACAUAACAUAACCAAAACUAGGAUAUUAGCUAAAUCUCUCUGUACGCCAUUGGAUAACAUUUAAAAAGGAGUUGUUUUCUUGGUGUUUAAAUUUCCUAUGAUCAGAAAUCUUUUUUAAAUGGAUUUAUUAAAUUGUAUUCCCUUACUGGAAUACAGACUUUAUCAGUUAAUAUGCAUGUAUGGUUAAUUAAUGGCAAUUUUAAAAUGAAAUUAUUAUUUAACAUUAGAAUUAAUCAUUCCAGUAUCUCUAAUGAACUUUAUCUUCAUUUGAAUUAUAAAUAUACAUUGGACCCCGCUAUAGUACACCCUGGCCCUGCUUUACUGCAAAUUGGGAUAGAUCACAGUUGGGACAUGGCUUCUGAAAUUUCGUGUGGAAAAAAAAUAGCAUACAAAAAAAAAAUUAUCACAAUCCCAAAUCCACUUAAUCAAGCUAGUCCAACUUUCAACACCGCGUAACUCACCAAUCACAAGAGAUUCAAAAAAUCCUUUUUUUUUUUUUUUUAAAAAACCAAAUCAUCUAUUACCCCUCUAUACUUUUAAUUCUUACUUCUUUCACUUUUUUUUAAUUUUAAGUGAAUUGGUUCAUCCCAUUGUCUCAUAAUAAUUCUCUUGACAUAAAUUUGUUUUCACUUACAAGGAUAGAUUAUUAUUUGUAAAAUGUAUUUUAUCACGUCCAUAUUCCCACUAAACAACUAUUGAGUAUGACAGAGAUGUUUUUAUUUUACAGUAAUAUCUUGAAUUUUACGAAAUGUACACCGACAUGAGGCUAAUAGGACCUUGAACAUGAUAAUGUCAAGAGUUUUAAAAUAAAUGUAUUUUGACUUUUUGCUAAAAGGGCUAUAUAAAAAUGUUAAAUCGUUUUGUGAUUAGUUUUUAUUUGACUUACAAAUGAAUAGUUUUUCAAUGACUUACUUACCCAUCAAAACUAUCAAAAUUAGCCUCUGCCGGUGUUCACAUUGUCUUUUAAACCUUACAGAUCACUGCAGGCAUAUUUAUCUUUAGAUAAUAAUGUGGAUUUGUUUCUUUCCAUCCUUGAUCGCAAACUGCAGGAACCGAACUAGUGGAGUACAACCCGCGAGACGAUCUGUUUCCUGAACUGCUGGAUGACAACAUUAUGGGUGACAUUGAUGACAUUGACUAGACAGAUGGCAGGGCCCCGUAGUGCUGGCAUAUGUGAACAUGUCCGUAUGCCGCUCUACUCGACGAUGUAUGCUGAGCUGUCAUGUAGAGCUUGAUGCUGCUCCAAUCCUUCCAAGUAUUCAAAUGUGCUACGAGUUCAGCCAUGCUGGGGGGAGCUUCAAGCUGUUACUUGUCCAAUGAGCUGGUCACUUCAGUGCCAUAGGGAUAAUGAGCCAUAAUGUGAGUUGAGUUGGGCCUCUCCACCAAACAUUUUUCAAGCAUUGUUUGUUCUUUGCUGCUAUGACAUUCACAGUGUUUUUUGGCCACACACGAUGUCGGUUACAUAUCACACACCUAUGCCCCCUGGGAAAGUGCCUGUCAAGUGAGGCGGGGCCGGCUGGAGAAAAGGAGGCAUUGGUGUGCACAGGCAGACGCAUCAAAAUUGUUUAUUGUUCUUAUACCAAGUUACAGACUGUCUCAUGGCUUUCCCUUUUGUGGUUUUUAUCCGAGAAUACAUAAUGCAGUGGUAUCUAAUAUCUGUUCUUGCUUCCAUGUUAAGUGUAUCACACAAUAGCUUUUGUAGCCCUUGCCGUAAGAUCUAAGCAUUGACAGCUAGCUAUAUUCGAUAGAAUCAUUGUUAAUAAAGAGUACUGUACCCUUUAAUGCCUUCCCUACUUGUUAAUCUGUGCAGUUAAUAAUUUAUGGUGCAUUUUUAUAUGAAAAAGAUUGAAAAGAGAUUUUUUUUUUUUUUUAAUAAUUUUUAAAAAUUUGCUUUGCAUCGGUC